AUGACGAUCCUGAGCGGCGGGAUCCUCGAGUCCAACCUCCAUCGUGUGAUUUCGCCUCCUAGCCUCAGGGACCAAGCCAAAUUCGUCCGCUGGUCCCUUGUCUUCUCCACAAGGCCGGGCAACUCGGUCGUGCUCCGCCCGCUGGCCGAAGAGUGUCCGGUCAUCACGAAUGCGGCCGCCGAGAGCCCCGAGGGCAAGUAG